AGGCGUGCCGUGACACAGGUUCCGGUCCAGCCGGUUACACACGCGCUGAACAAACACCCGGAACCUCCAACACACUCCAGUGGGUUCAUCAGCCCGAUAAGAACUCUGCCGGGUUUCGUAACGUCGGUCUAUGUGGAGAGCAAAGGUCCCACCGGAAGCUGAUUCACGGGUUCCAACAAAGCAGCAGUCAGUCGGAGGAGGAACCGAGUCCUGAGCCAUCAUGAAUUUCUUUCUGGAAACAAUCCAAGUCACCCUCCUGUCCAUCUGGUACAACGUGGAAUCUUUCAUCCACCUGUUCGUGCCCAUGAAGAAGAAGAGCAUAGCCGGGGAGGUGGUGCUGAUCACAGGAGCCGGCAGCGGGAUCGGCCGCCUCAUGGCUCAGGAGUUUGCGGCUCUUGGCACUGUGCUCGUGUUGUGGGAUAUCAACCAGGAGGGGAUGAAGGAAACGGCUCGACUGGCUAAGCACAGCGGAGCCAGCAGAGUCCACUACUAUCUGUGUGACUGCAGCGACAAGAAUGAGGUGUACAGAGUGGCCGACCAGGUGAAGAGGGAAGUCGGCGACGUUGGCAUUCUGGUGAACAACGCUGGCAUUGUGACUGGAAAGAAGUUCAUGGACGCUCCUGAUUCCCUGAUUGAGAAGACCAUGGAGGUCAACACGAUGGCUCACUUCUGGACCUACAAAGCCUUCCUUCCGGCCAUGAUAGCCAACAACCACGGCCAUCUGGUCAGCAUUGCCAGCUCUGCAGGACUCAUAGGAGUCAAUGGAUUGGCAGACUACUGUGCCAGUAAGUUUGCAGCAGUAGGUUUUGCAGAGUCCGUGGGUCUGGAGCUGCUGGCAACUGGAAAAAGUGGAGUGAAGACCACCAUUGUGUGCCCCUAUUUCAUCAACACUGGAAUGUUCGAUGGAUGUCAGACUAAGUGGCCACGGCUGCUUCCAAUCCUGACUCCAGAAUACGUGGCCAAGAAGAUCAUCCAUGCUGUACUCACCGACCAGGUUCACCUGCUGCUACCGAAGAGCAUUUACCUCAUCGCUGCUCUGAAGAACAUCCUUCCCAUGAAGCAGGGCAUCAUGCUGGGCCAGUACCUUGGAGCCUUCAACCUCAUGGACACAUUCAGAGGACGCUCCAGAAAACAGGAGUGACAGGCGGAGAGGAGAACCACAAGUCUGAGACAUGAAGUCUGAAAGCCAACCUUUAUUUCUUAUGUUAAUCUUAUUAAUGAUUUUAGUGUAGCGGUGUGAUACUUACAGAGCAGAGCAGACUGGGUUUGACACCUUAGAACCUCCCUCAUUCACUUGUUUGUACUUACGCUUCUCUCUGCAUCUACAACCUCCAUAUGUGGCAUCUGGACUGCAGGCAUCCAUCCUGAGCCUGUUUUUAAAUCACAUGGCACUUUUCUGAGAAUCAUUUGUAAUUAAUUCAAAUAUAUGUUUGUAACAGUCAACAGAAGGACCACUUGUUAUGGAUUUUACUGCUGGUGUCAUAGAGAGGCCUGAUUUUAGCAGCCAGAGCUCUCGUGUUUUCUCAUGUUCAUGUUUCUGACAUUCCCUUGUUCAUCUGGAAAACCUUUCAGUGAUUGUUGUAAUAAUGAGUCCAGAGUGUGUAGAUGAGACAACAGAUAUCAAACAUCAAUAAACCAAAGAAGCUCAUCAGAGCCCAACGACCACGGCUCCAGAACCGACUCAUAGUUGGAGCUGAAAUGCUAUUUUAGUGAUGACUGAGAGGCUUUGGCCUGUUCUGGCCUUUUUGCCUUCAUGUGCCUCAUAGAAAUAUGUUCACCGUGUUUGUUUGGGUUUUUCAGCACAUCACCGACAUGAGCUAAAUCUGAUUUCUUCACUGUGACCAACUAUAAACCGUAAAGAGUUAGAAAAAAACAACACAUAUAACACUUGAUUACAAAAAUGUGUUUUUACAAUAAAAAAGCACUUUGAAUGUGGAAAAUGUCAGCAGGUUCAGUUAUGAACUGACAAAGGAGACGUUUAUGGAAGUCAAACUCUAUACCCGUAUUUCUACCAACAGAAUGUUUGUGGAGGUUUAACUCUUUCGCUGCCGCUCUUUAAAGCAGCUUGUGAACAAAUCGCAGAGCGAGCUGCAGCUCUGCUUUGCAUUUACGUAGAAUCAAUAAUGCAACAUGUACCUUAUGAAGGGUAAAACUGAUCUACAAUAAAACUCUAUGCAGAUGCU